AUAAUCGGAUCUGGCAACAAUAUGGACCGUACAGCAAACCAUUCAGGCACAAACAGGAUUGAGACAUGUCGCUUGGGCUGCUGUGUGAUUGGACGGGCAGCAGAGGGAGGCGUGGUUUGAAAGGGUGGGCUAUAAGUGAGCUUGUCUGGCCCGGGGGCUGGUGUGUGACUCCAGCAGUGCAGGCGGUCGUUGGGUGGAUGGAGCCGCUGUGUGCCGGAGCGCAGAGGUCCACUCUGUUGUGUUUGCGCUGAUCUCACGCAACGUUUGUCUCCAACAGGAGGAUCCUGAGGGGUUUUUGGUUUUUUUUUUCUGAGGGGGCUCGUCCUCUCAGCCAUCUUUUACUGGCACUCGUCUCCCUUUUCUCCUCUUCACCUGAAAGUAAACACGGCUUGCAAAUUACUUGCAACUCUGUGCAAGCUCCGGAGCGCAGCGCGAUGGGCUCGCUGCGCGCACUCUAACCGGACUGGAGGGAGAAAUCCGAGGGUUUGUCUUGCGCCAAAGCAGAAGAGCAGUGCGACGCGCCGGAGGAUGGACAUGUGUGGGAUAUACCUCCUCCUCUCACUCGCUCUCCUGCCCCGAUCCAGCUGCACCACGGCCAAGGAGAUCACCUGCCAGGAGAUCGCGGUGCCGCUGUGCAAGGGGAUCGGCUACAACUACACCUACAUGCCCAAUCAGUUCAACCACGACACGCAGGACGAGGCGGGACUGGAGGUGCACCAGUUCUGGCCUCUGGUGGAGAUCCAGUGCUCCCCAGACUUGAAGUUCUUCCUAUGCAGCAUGUACACCCCGAUCUGCCUGGAGGACUACAAAAAACCUCUGCCGCCGUGCCGGAGCGUGUGCGAGAGAGCGCGGGCCGGCUGCGCGCCCCUCAUGAGGCAGUACGGCUUUCCGUGGCCGGACAGGAUGAAAUGCGACCUGCUGCCGGUGCAAGGCAACCCGGACACGCUUUGCAUGGACUAUAACAGAACCGACUCCACCACAGUGUCCCCUGUCCUGUCUAAACCCACGAACCAUCCCGGGAAAACCGCGCACAAAAACAAACCUGGACACAAUCGACCUGGUGCGCCUGGGAAGUACAAACCCCCCUCCGCGCCGUGCGAGCCGGGGUGUCAGUGUUUGGAGCCCAUGGUCCCCGUGAACACAGACCGGCACCCACUCUACAACCGCGUGAAAACGGGUCAGAUCCCCAACUGCGCCAUGCCGUGCCACAACCCGUAUUUUACGCACGACGAGAGAGCGUUCACUGCUUUCUGGAUCGGACUGUGGUCCGUGCUGUGCUUCGUGUCCACGUUCGCCACCGUGGCCACGUUCCUCAUCGACAUGGAGCGCUUCAAAUACCCAGAGAGACCCAUCAUCUUCCUGUCAGCUUGCUACAUGUUCGUGUCGGCGGGUUACAUCGUCAGGCUGAUCGCGGGCCACGAGAAGGUGGCGUGUAACCGGGAGUUCGACGUGGAGCACAUCCACUACGAGACCACCGGCCCCGCGCUCUGCACCGUGGUCUUCCUCCUCAUCUACUUUUUCGGCAUGGCCAGCUCCAUCUGGUGGGUCAUCCUCUCACUCACCUGGUUCCUCGCCGCCGGGAUGAAGUGGGGCAACGAGGCGAUCGCCAGCUACUCGCAGUACUUCCACCUGGCGGCGUGGCUCAUCCCCAGCAUGAAGUCCAUCGCGGUGCUGGCGCUCAGCUCCGUGGACGGGGACUCCGUGGCCGGCAUCUGCUACGUGGGCAACCAGAACCUGGACAACCUGCGGGGUUUUGUCCUGGCCCCUCUGGUGAUUUAUCUGUUCAUCGGCACCAUGUUCCUGCUGGCCGGCUUUGUGUCGCUGUUCAGGAUCCGCAGCGUCAUCAAGCAAGGCGGCACCAAAACGGACAAACUGGAAAAGCUGAUGAUCCGGAUCGGCAUUUUCACGGUGCUGUACACGGUUCCGGCCACGAUCAUAGUGGCCUGUUACUUCUACGAGCAGCACAACAGGCAGAGCUGGGAGAUUACGCACAACUGCUCCAACUGUCUGCUGGAGCGCGAGCGCGCCAGCCCGGACUACGCGGUCUUCAUGCUCAAAUACUUCAUGUGCCUUCUGGUGGGCAUCACCUCCGGCGUGUGGAUCUGGUCCGGGAAGACUUUGGACUCGUGGAGGACUUUUUGCACCAGGUGCUGCUGGGGCAGCAAAGGCACCAGCGGCUCCAUGUACAGUGACGUCAGCACGGGUCUGACGUGGAGGUCGGGCACGGCCAGCUCCGUGUCCUGUCCGAAACAGAUGCCACUGUCCCAGGUUUGAAAAAAAAAAAAAAAUCACGAGCAGCUGAGGAGUUCUGCGGAUUGUUCCACUAUAAAAAGCUGAUGAGUUAAAUCAACAGAUGUUUGAGGAAACGAUCACCUUAAGCCCUUUAUUUACUUCUGUGACCAACAAGAAUCAGAAUGUGACCACCUAAAGUGUUUUGCGUUUAUUCCCAACAUUCCACUUACAAUGUGUAAUGUUUAUUUCACUGAUCUGAUUUAAGUGGCACAAACUAAUAUACCAUCUCGUACUGAUAUCUGUGGUGGGUUGAUGUGUUUUUAGAGCCAGAUGUCUUUCUUUAUUCGAACCUUUCACGGUUUUAACCAGAUUAGGACCCGAGGUGUUUUCAGCAUCUUGCUCACAGCCCCACUUCCAGACAUCAUUUUGCCUUUUUAGACCACCUCAGUGACUCAAAAUGAAACAAUCAAGAUGUGGGUGUCUGUCAGCUUCCAUCUUUAAUUCAAGGGGUUUAGCAAAAAUAUUGCAUUAACCAUUUGGGAAUUACAGUCUGUUUUUAUACACAGCCCCCCCCCCCCCCCCCCCCCCCCAUUUUCAUAGCUCAUAAUUACUUGGACAAAUUCAUCACUUUUACAGUUUUCUUCAGACAAGUCAGACAAAUAUAUAUUUCAAAGUUGACCUAGGUGUUAAUUUCAUUUCCAUCACUCAUGAAAACAAAUCAUUUGGUGCUGUCUGGUGUGGAAAGUUCUCAAAAACUGAGUGACUGUAAAGAGCCACUGAGACAGCAGUGACACUCAACAUUUGUCUGUGGCAUCAACACCUGCACUGUGCACAGUUUCUCCAGUCACAGCCAGCGAAGCUUAUAGCUCUUUUAGAAUUGUCACAGGUGUCUUGGUGGCUUCCCUCACUCAUCUUCUACUUGCACGGUCACUCAGUUAUUGAGAACUGCGUACGCCAGGCAGAUUUAUAAUAAUAUCCAUCCUUUGACUCGACUAAAGAAAACUGGCUGGAAAAGCGAUAAUUUGCAUUGACAAUCAUCCCUAUAUUUUGUUUGUCCAAUUAUUAUGGCUUCUGAAAAUGGAGGGACCAUUGAUUAAAAAAAAAAAAAUGCUUCUAAUGACAAAAUGGUUAAUGUAUUUUCUGCAAAGCCUCUUGAAUUAAAUUUGAAAGUCACCAAUGAACGGACAUUUAGAUUUUCAUUUCAACUACAUUGGGGAGGUGUACAGAGGCAAAUCAGAAGGGAAAAAAGAAGUGUUGUCCAAAUACUUAUGGACCUGACUUUGGAUUGGCAUAAUAAGUUCCACAUUAACGUUACUCUGAAACAUUUUCAGUUUUCACUUUUAUUUUGUAAAGUAAGUAAUCUAUGUGUUUUUCCAUUAAUAUUUUGAAAGUCACUGUCAUUUUCCUUCGUGUGUAUUAUAAACAUCUGUGUACAGAUGCUGUGCUGUUUGGUAACUGUAGCGCCGGUGCUGGUGUAGAGCAGGUUGUUGGCUAAUGAAGAAGGCAUUGGUUUGAUUCCUGAUUACUCCUGUGUUGCAGUGUCCUUGCGCAAAUCCGAAAAUUGGUUCCAUUUCCACACAAAAAAAAACAAAAAAAAAAAAAGAACUGAUGAGCAUAAAAAACAAAUAGGGAGUAUACCAACAAUGCAUAUACGUCAGUGUGUUAUUGUUUUGUCUUACAUUAAAUGUUUUAAACAUGUUGAAUGAAUGUGAUGAAUGAUUGCAAAAUACUAUGUUGGAUAAACUGAAUGAAAUGCGCUAAUGUAACAGAGUUUAUUUCACUUAAUAAUAAUUUUCUAUGCGUGAAUUAUUGACUAAAUGUGAUGGUUUAAGGCAGUCUGUUUCCUCCAGCACUUUGAGUUGAUUUAGCUGAGUUUUUACAGUGUUGGGAGACGAGCCAUUACUCCCCUUUGAAGUCAUUAACAUCAUAAUGAGCUGCUGCUGACGUCACAAUGUUAAUAUAGAUGACAGAGUGGGCAUUACUGCUUAUGAAGAGCAUUUUGCUUUUUUAUUUUUAUUUUUCCUUUUAGUGCCGGAUAACAGUGUAUAAUUCAGUCACAUCAAAGAUGGUUUAAAUUAAGCCUUAACAGUGCCCAGAUAUUUUACGGGUGGUUCAUUUUCUAAUAUCAAAAAAUGUAUUUAUACAAAAAAAUUAUGUACAAACAUGUAAAUUUGUGUACAAACGAAAACAAAAUAUGAGAUAUUGUAAAUUUGUACAAAGUGUAGAUGUCUUUUUUCUGCCAGAAAGCAAAUAUGAUUUUUAUUUUGCCAAUAAAAGUUUUGAUAAAUGUAAA